AUGGCAGCGCAGGCGGUACACCACCUGGACCUCCUUCGUCUCUUGGGCAUUAUACAAGAACUGUCCGAAUCUCUGAAUCAGAAUAGGGCACUUUCUAUCUCACUACACAAUGUUGCCGAUAAUGUCAAGGCGCAAGCUGUUCACUCGCAAACGGGGUUUGUCCUCAGAAGAUUCAACCUUGAUAAACCAAAAGAGGAGUAUGAGUCGGAACUGGAGCACAUGAAUGCGGCUUUGACAUCGGAGAAUAUGAGUCUGCUACACGACAACAAGCAACUAUUGUCCUUAAUAAAGGAGUACGAACAAACCCUCGAGAACGUAAUGAGCGCGUUUCGCACCCACGCUCGGGAUGUACAAGAACGAGAACUUGCGCUGAUCAAGGAAUACGAGCUCAAACUACUAGAACGCGAGUCGGAGAACGGCAAGCGAGAUCUGGGGAUCACCUCACAGCAAUCUGCCGGCAUUGCGCGGAUAUCACAGACGCUGCGCCUCCUCAUGCGUGAACUCAACGGCGAAGGCGCAUCACCGAUCCCACAAACAGAAGAAGACUCGCCACUGGUGGCAUUGACAGCAUUAGACAACGAUGACGACGAUAGCGAAAUGCACGAAGUCGACAUCAUGGAUGACCACGCGCUCGAGCGGGAGUGCGAGCUCGCGCGGCUGGUCAAGGAGAACCUCAUGCUCCGCCGGCUGUUGGGCGAGGAUGUGCACGACGGGACGAGCCCGACUGUUCCGGAGAUGCGCCACCCCGAGCCUGUACGGCCCUCGUCGAGCAUGCUCGCGAGCCGGAAGCCGCCCCGCGGCGGCGCACCGUCGCCCAUGGGCGGGCCAGGUUCGCAUACGGCUUAUAUGGACCGCAUGAAGCAGCUCAUGCGUAUGUCAGCAUAA